GUAUUCCACUGCUGCACUUUUAGCUGUCUUCUUCUUCGACGCUAAUGUGUUUGUCAUAUCUGAAAUGAUAGGCCGAUGGCCCCUUUUAUCCGGUUUUCACUGGUAGAAGAGAUAGUACCAGGUCCUACCCUGAUGAAGCAAUGGCUGAGAUUCCUAAACCGGAUGAUAACAUCACCCAGACACUUCGUCUGUUCUCACUAAGAGGAUUUAGUGACCGAGAAACUGUAAGUCUUCUAGGAGGGCACAACAUUGGGAAGAUUGGAUGUGAGUUCAUUCAGGCCCGGCUUAACAACUUUAAGGGGACCGGCAAACCAGACCCAACUGUUUCUCCUGGUUUCCAGAACGAGAUGAGAAUUUUCUGUGAUGACAAUGGAACCAGGAGCAGCCAGAAUUCCCCUGCACCGGCGCCAUCAAGGGGUGUGUUGAAGGAGAGGUCGUCAGGACGAAGGGGGAUGCCAUACUUCCAGCAGCUGUCUUCAUCUAUAUCAUCUGGAAGAGGCUUUGACACUCAUUAUUACCAGAGCUUGUUGAAGGGCAGAGGACUCCUCUUUGCUGAUCAGCAACUGAUGGCGAAUGACAGGACUGCAAGGUUGGUCAGAGCUUAUGCAUCCGAUGACGGUUCAACCUUCCGGAUGGAUUUUUCCAGGGCUAUGAUGAAGAUGUCAGAGCGAAGGGGGCUCACCGGAUCUGAAGGUCAGGUCAGGGUACACUGCUCUUUGCCACUGCAGACUUCUUAAACGGCAUGUGCUGUGGAGAACCAGGCAAGAUGGCAUGGAAUCUGCCUUGUUUUGAAGAGAAGUGAACUGAUUUUUGCCCCUUCUGGUUCUGGUUGUACAGUUUUAAUUAGCCUGCCAUAUUAGACUUAGACCAUUGACUCAGUCGUUUCGAUCCCCUUGCUAAUUAGAUUGUCGGAUGCACUCGAUAGACCAUUCAUUCAUUCAUUCAUUCAUUCAUUCAUUUCAUUGUAAUUACAAUUACAGAUUGAAAAUCAAAGAUAAUGUGAUCGACUA